AUGUUUCCAGCGAGCGCUCUCGUGGAGGAGCUCGAGCCCAGCGGGCGGGCCUACGAGAAUCGAUCCGUGCUGGUGUGGGGGUUCGGCAACGCCGCCCACGAGACGGCCCGGGAGCUGCAGAAGCACACCCAGGCCAUCCACCUGCUGCACCGGGCGCCGCCUCCGGAGGCCGCCAGCGGCCCGCCAGGCCAAGCAGCCACGGAGAAGGCCAAGAAGCCGAACAAGCGAGGAGGCAGGUCGGCGGACACGCGUCAGCACCGCGAGCUUCGAGGGACCGCCUUUAGGAAGCUCAAGGCGUGCGGCAGCAGAGCGCAGCUCACGCAGGAGGAGCGAGCAGCGGUGAAGAGGCAGCUGGCGAGCGACAUCGAGAGGCUGACGACGGAGAGUCAGAACAUGAGACAGGAACUUCAGAACAGAGACGUGACGAUCGCAGAGAUGCGAGGUCAGCUUCAAGCUCAGCAACAGGCUCAGCAGCAGCGGGUAGCCCCGCGCGGCGAGAUGAUGGAUCCGAAGAUUCUUCACAAGGUGAAGCCGUUCGACGGCCACAGGGCGAGCUGGAAGACGUUCAGUUUCCAGUACAGAGCGUACCUGAUCGCCCAGGAUCGAAGGUACCGAGAUCUUCUGGAAAGGUGCGAGGACGGAGCCCAGGAGGUGGACAACGUCAACCUGGACGCGCAGGAGGAAGAGCUAAGCACGCAGUUGUACUACGGCCUGGUCCUGGCGAUGCCCGAGGACUCGGUAGGCGAGCUGAUCGUGAGGAACAGCCCAGUAGGAGAAGGAGCCGAGUGUUGGAGGAAACUUCAGAAGGAGUACAACCCGAGCGAGGCAGGAAACGUGCUGGCGAUGUGGACCAAGCUCACGGACACGAAGUUCGACACCAAAGAAGACGUGAUGGUGAGCAUCAGCAAGCUGGACGAGGACAUGACGAGGUACCAGAAGAUGGCAGGAGAACCAGUCUCGGACCUGAUCAAGCGAGGCAUCCUUACAAAGGCGCUGAAGGAUUACGACGAGCUGCAGAAGCACGUGUUUCGGAACAGCAGUCGGUUAAGUACGUACGAGCUCCUGAGAGCCGAGGUGGUGUCGGCGUUGAUGGCAGAGCGAGCGGUUCAGGACGACCCGAUGGAGAUAGGAGCGCUGAAGGGCGGAAAGAGACCGUGGAAAGGCCGCGGCAAAGGGAAAGACGGCAAAGGCAAGGAGAGGCCACCGAAUCCCGACGCCGAGAUCGAGUGCAACUACUGUCACAAGAAGGGCCACCGCAGCGCAAACUGCCGAAAGCGGAUCGCCGACGAGAAGAAGACAUCCGAGAAGGACAAGAAGGACAAGAAGCAGCUCCGUCUCAAGAAGCGCAGCCACACGAUCGACUGGAAGUACUGCUUGCCUAGCUACCACCAAUAUGUCUGCUGCUCUUGCAAGAAGACCUUUGAAGGAUGGCGAUGGCACUUCGAUCAGUGGAAGCUGGACUACUGUGCCGCGUGUGCCGAGUACUGCCUGGACAACUGGUUCAAGGACGAGGUGACCAAGCAUAACUACACGCCGACGGAAAGCAACGUUGUCGGCUUGAAGGGCAUAGGAGGCGAGGAGAUCGAGAGGUACGGCCACGUGGUCACUGGAUCAUCAACGGUACCAUCGAGCCACCUGACGGAGCUGAGUUCGUACCUCUACGUCGUCACCAAGGAACCAGCUGAUGAGAACAAGAUCCCGAAGGUGAUGUUCGACAUGUUUUACGUAGGGACGGACCAGCUGGCUGCGAAGUACAAGCUUAAAGGAGGUUACUUCAGCAUCAGGGAGAAGAUGUCGGUCACGAAGGCCGAGUUAGACCAAGCGGUCUCUGUCUUGAAUGUUAUCGACUGUAAGAUCUUGGCUCAGGCGACGUUGUACGCGAACAAGGAGACGGAUGACUACAAGGUGUCCUUCCUGCUAGGCGUGCUGGAAGCUUGGGGCCACACAACAGUCAUACUUCAGACAGACCAGGAGCCUGCCACCAUGGCUCUGGCGCAGGCAGUUCGAGAUCGCAGAUCACACUCAACCUUGGUGCGGGGAUCACCGCCCUUUUCCAAGCAGAGUGCAGGCUACGCUGAAGGAGCUAACAAGCUAGCAGCUGGUCUACUUCGAGCCUACAAGCUGAAGCUGGAGCACAAGCUGGGCUGUGAGAUCAAGAUGACGGAUCCGAUCGUGCCAUGGCUUGUGAACUCAGUGGGGUGGAUGAUUACCAGAUUCCAGCCUCGCAGUCACGGAGGUUCCUCCUACAAGAUGCUCUACGGCAAAGAGUACAACGGCGAGAUUGCGGAGAUGGGUGAGCAGGUCUGGUAUCGGAUCUCAGCCAGAGUUGCCGCGGGACGUGGCAAAUGGGAAGCCCGCUUCGCAAAAGGAAUCUGGGUUGGUAAGAGUGAGCUGGACGACACACAUCUCGUGAUCGAUCCUGAACGUGGAGUGCAGAAGGUCAGAACGGUGCGAAGGAUGCCUGAGGAGUUCAGAUGGCAGCCCGAGCUCAUCCAGCACAUCAGGGUGACGCCCUGGAAGCAGACGCCCGACAAGAGUUCAGGAACGAUCGGACGCAGCAUGUACAUCACGGAGCGCAUGAUCGAUGCUCAUGGUCCUACUGACGAGUGCAGGAAGUGCAGUACAGGAUACGGUUCGCAUUCGGCAGCCUGCCGACAGCGUUUCGAGACCAUUCAGGCCGACUUGCUGCGCGAGAAGUUGGCAAAGGACCCUGUGGCCCCUGAGGUGCAGACAGCCAUGGACACGGAGAGUGGAGAGCUCAGGAGCCACUUCGGAGAUCCUGAGGAUCAGCAGGUGGAGCAGAUGGUUGAGGUGAGCGCCGAGCUGCAUGAGAAAGACCAGUGGAGCCCAAAGACGAUACACUACGAUUACUAUACUGGAGAGCCUCUGGAUGAGGACCUGUAUCAGAAGGGUCGCGACGACGAGCUGCAAGCCAUGAAGGACUACGGGGUCUACGUGGAAGUGGCGACAUCGACGGCGACUGACGGCAAGCACAUUGGAGGUUUCCCGAUAGCCCACAUGAAAGAAGGAAAGGUUAGGUGGAGGUUCGUAGCCACCGAGGUGAACAAGUACGAGAUCAGGGAGGACAACCACCAAGGCACGCCCCCGCUCAUGAUUGUCAGAGCGACGCUGAGCCGUGCCGCUUCAAGUCCAACUUCCAGCGGGCAGCACCUGCGGAAGAUACAAGUCUGGGACGUCAGGAAGGCUUUCUUCAACGCUGACUUAGACGAGACGAUCUACGUGCAUCCUGGGAGAGAGCUGUGUCCGCCUGGAAGGUGCUGGUGGUUACGCAAGGCCAUGAACGGUACCAGGAAGGCGUCGCAGAUGUGGGGUGAGCUUGUGAGAACUACUAUGGACGACGGCCAUUGGGAAUGCUUGGUUGGAACUCCUAACGUGUUCUACUUACCUGCUAGCCCCAACACAGCCCCCGUCGACGAGGAUAGCACAGCGAUCUGCCAUGGCGAUGACUUUCUUGCUGAAGGCUACGACGAGCAGCUGGACGAGCUCGACGAGUUAUUGAGGCAGCAGUUUGAGGUCACGGCCAGCGCCAGACUUGGACCAGGAGCGGUGGGGCAGACUACAUACCUCAAGAGGACGAUCGGCUAUACUGACAAGUUGCCAGGUUGCGAGGAGCCAGGUUUCUUCUGGACUGCCGAUCCCAAGCAUGUGGACUUCAUGAUCAAGUGGACGCAGAAGCGAGGACUUCAGUGUAAGACUUACCUGAUCGAGACCCAGAGGCCCUGCAACCUGAAGAUCUAUAGUGACAGCACAGCUGGACGUGGCAUGUGCAGCCGAGUUGGGGUGGGCAAGGUCAGGCAUCUGGAGCUGAGGUACUUGUGGAUUCAGGAGCGGUUGCGUCUCAAGGCGUUUGAGCUUCACAAGGAGGACACCAGCAAGAUGACAGCCGACAUGCUCACGAAGUACAGCGAGUGGCCGACAAUCGAGAAGCAUUGCACCACUCUCAACCUCAGGUUCGGAAAGCAGUUGAUGGGCUUGAGCGCAAUGGCAGUUUUCACGGAGGUCGUGACGAAGGCGUCAGGCGAGAAGGUGACAGUGUACGGAGGUUCUGACGAGGUUGCGGUUUGCCCCGCACCUGUCAGCCACUACGUGGACCGCGAGGAGUUCUGGUUCUACCUGAUGAUAGGACUUGUUGUGGUGACUGCAGCGAGUGCUUUCUUACUGGGGUGCUGGUGUGGUUGCUACUUCAAGAACUUCUACGACAAGUUCCUCCUCCAGGGUGCGGUUAGCCCCGCCUCUGGAAGCACUUGCCCACCAUCUGCGCGGGCUGACGUCGAGUUCAAGACCGUGUGUGCACAGCAGGACAAAGGUGCAAGGCACAAGCUCUUGAGCACGUUUCUUGUAGCCGAGCUGCGAGCUGUCUUGAAGGCCAAGGGCCUGGCCGUGUCAGGGAUCAAGAAAGACCUGGUCACGAGGAUGAUCAAGCACGGAUGUGUUCUGUCAGAUCGCCAGGCCAAAGAGAUCGAGCAGCUGCGGGUGAUGGCUACAGCGUAUGGACCUCUUGCCAAGCUCAGCUUGCAGGACAUCAGCAGUCCAGAGGCCGCGCAGAAGUGGAUCGAGACGUUCAAGGGCGAGUGCCGAGACCGUUCCAGAGGCUCUCAGGUGAUCCACGGAGAGGGUGGCCAGCGCCGUUGCAAGGCCUGCCAGGGGAGCACAAAGAGGAGCGAGCGCUGCGGGGGCGGCGGCGAGGAGCGCCUUGUGCUCCCGCGGCUGCUCGCGCGCGCGGGCGAGGCCCGCCGCUGCGCCGUGGAGGUGGGCGCCUUCGACCCGGGCCACGCGGCCGCCGCGCCGCUGCUGGCGGAGCUGGCGCGCCUCGUGGCGCUCGGGGCCGCGGAGGAAGGCCGCGACUUCGCCUGGGCGCCGCCCGCCGACCCGGGGGCCUCCGAAGGCUUGGCCUCGCGGUUGGCCGGGCUGGGCUUCGGCUCGGUGGAGGAGUACCUCCCCUCUCGGAGCGGGCCGCCGCCGGCAUCCCCAACGAGGUCUUCGCGCGCCGGGGCCGCCGGCUCGAGCUCGACAGCGGCUUCCUGGCCACGCCCGAGGGGCGGCCGCUGCUGGACCUGGUGGCGCGGCUGCGGCCCGUGCUGGCCCAGGACCCCCUGAGGCAUCCCUUCGACGCCGGGGUCCGCUGCCUCGGCUGGCGCAUGGAGACCGGCGUGUUCUCGCCGGAGGACCGCCGCCGCCUCCUGAGCGCACCCGCGCCGGGCCAGGGCUUCGGCGGCGGCUGGCCGAGGGGGCGUUGCGUCAUGGGGGGGGGGCGAUGAUGAUGG